AUGCCCCCCAUCCCCUGCUGCCCUGAUUCCCCUCAUCCUCUGAUGCCCCCCAUCCCCUGCUACCCUGAAGCCCCCUUCCCCUGCUGCCCCGAUGCCCCCCAUCCCCUGCUGCCCUGUUUCCCCUCAUCCCCUGCUGCCCCGAUGCCCCCUUCCCCUACUGCCCCGAUGCCCCCUUCCCCUACUGCCCUGAUGCCCCCAUCCCCUACUGCCCUGAUGCCCCCAUCCCCUGCUGCCCUGAUGCCCCCCAUCCCCUGCUGCCCUGAUGACCCCCAUCGCCUGCUGCCCUGUUUCCCCUCAUCCCCUGCUGCCCUGAUUCCCCUCAUCCCCUGCUGCCCUGAUGCCCCCCAUCCCCUGCUGCCCUGA